AUGCGCCAAUUCCUUCAUCUGCUCGAAGAACUGUCUAUACCAUUGUUAGUAUUCUCUGCUGGCAUUACCGAUAUAAUCGAGGAAGCUAUACGACAAUUAUUAGGGGCACAUUCCCGGCAACCUAACGAUAGCAGCAAACAAAAAUGUUUUUUGAUGAGGCGAACUAAUGUGGUAGUAAUAGGUGAUAGUGAAUCAGAUGCUUCUAUGGUGGACGGGUGGCAAGAGAAGAAAAUCCUAAAAAUCGGUGUCUUGGAAGAAGAGAUGCCGUUGCUGAAAGCUUUCGAUAUAGUCAUAACAAGUAGUGACUGCAAUCGAUUGAAUGAUCUCAUCAGAUAUCUCACAUCGCCGCAACAGCUUUAA